AUGGCAAAUCCAUUCUGCAUGCUUUGCGGCAAGGCGCUGUAUCGAGCCUCUGUCUCCAUGCACGAUGACAGAUCAUCGGCAAGAAUGUUUGCAGAAUGUCCAAAAUGGAAGAGGAGUUACAGACGGGAUCACUUCGUCGUUGACCAGGCAGCCAAUUUGAGUAAACUCUCCUUCACACGCCCCUGGCUGUGGGCUCGUCUUUAUCGCGCGAUCAUCCAAGAGACCGACAAAACAGGGCGCCGAUUCAGUGUGUCCGGCGUCUCUCUCUACUGGAACGAGGAACACGUGGCAGUGCCCGAAGAUCCCAAUCUCCUCAUCAUGGGAGAUGCAUGGCGUAUCCGGGACAAGACAAUCAAGGCAGGGGUAGCAUCGACCAGAUACACCACCCGGUAUCCCCGGCAGCGCGCAUACGCCAUGCACGAACGAUGCUGGGUUCUGAUGACGCGCAUUGUCGAUGUCGAACUUAUCAACAUGCAUCUCGAUCUUUUCGUCAAGGCCUUGUGCUAUCGCAGAAGGCAAAAGGCGGAGGAUGAGAAUCCUCUAAUAUGCGAAGAAAAUGUGUGGAUGAAGUGGAAGAACCGUUAUGCCGAUUCGUACAUGAUGAGCCCAAGGAGGUACACCAGCGCUUAUGAGAACCAGAUGGAAUGUUCGGAUAAUGCCUACGCGGCCAGAGAUCCACUGAACGUUAGCAAACUUCAAAAACUACUCAAGCACCCAGAAAGGAUUCGGCGACAUGGGCUGCAGAGGAAAACAAAAAUGGAAGCACGGAAGAAGAAAAAGGAGAAGAAGAAAGAGAAGAAAGAGAAGAAGCAGAAGACGUUGAAAAGUCGCACUCCUGCUCCACGCCGCAUGAAGCCAUUUGAUAUCCGUGAUAUUCUCAUCCCACCCGAGAUUGUCAUGAUCAUUAUGGACAUGUUAUAUGGCCCUAAAGAUAUAGUGCUAUUGCUAUGGGUGUUUCCUCAAUGGCGCCUCUCCAUUCACCAGGGAUAUUGGCGGAUUCGGUGCAUCCAUGAUUUUAUUCUUCAUGGGCCACUCCCAGACGCUGCUGCGCUAGACUGGCGAUAUCUCUACUUCAACAUCGACAGACUUCUUUCAAACUCGCAUGGAUGGAGGAAUCGUCGACGGAUAAUGAACAUCCUCGAAGGGACAAGAGCGCUGUUUUUGAAAUUUGUAGCCAAAUCGGCUGGAUAA